UUUUCUCACGCUUAAUUUUAUUCGUUCCGCUCUUUUUUUUUCUCUCUAUUCCUUUGAGUUUUCAGUAAGAUCGAUCCAAAGGUCAAUGGGUAUUCUACUUUGUUGUUUUCGAAUUACGGAACACGUUGAUGAAUCUCGACCAAGAAUCAGAGGCUUCACUAACCCACUAACGAAUAACUUUUCCCCCAAGUUCAAGCAACUAUUUGAAAGCCUAGAAAGAGGAGAAAUCUCCUAUGUCGCUGACGAAGAAGAAGACGUUUGCCCGACAUGUUUCUAUGAGUACAUUGAGGAGAACCCCAAGAUAGUUUUGCAAUGUGGACAUAUGUUUCACCUUGCAUGCAUCUAUGAAUGGAUGGAGAGAAGUGAAGCUUGUCCCUUUUGUUCCAAGACAAUGCUUUUCUUGAAGGGUGACGAAAUUACAGAGCAUGUGGAGUAAAGAUAAGAUGGAGUAACAAUUAUUCUUCUUCAACAAUUUGGAAAAUUUUGAUUAAAUUAUUUUUGGCUAAAUUAAUAAUUUCAUUGUG